GAAAUUGACGCUUCAAACCGAAUAACGUCAGUUUACUUCAAACAUUCGACGGGAAUAAUUCCUUCAUUUUCAAGAAGAUAUAACCGGAAGCUUGCGAAAUAAUUUGUAUAUAAAUAGAAGUCCGACAGUGCUCAUUUUCAGAUAAAAAUAUUCGUUUCUGAUUUGAAAGUCGCUAUCAUGAAGUAUUUUAUUUUUAUUUUAGUAUCUAUUACCGUCAGUUCAGAAUGCGUAGUAGCUUUAAAAUUCAUAAAUCCCGUAGUUUCUGUGGCAAAAGAUAAAUUCGGAUACUCUUGGGAUGAGUUAAAAGUAAAGUGUGACAGUAAGGAUGUAUCUUUCUUUCCUGAAAUUGAAAAUCUUCGUGAUCAGUAUGACCUGAAAUCGGCUGGAGUUAAGGAUGAAGUUUUAAUAGAAGCCAACAAAUCCCGCCCUACGACUGAUAAAAAAUGGAACAAACUUAUUAGUCAAAACUGUUUUCCAAAUCAUGAUUUAACUUCUGUAUCACAGGAUGCUAUUGAUAAAAUUCAACUUUGUUUGAAUAAACAAAAUCAAUUAAGUGAAAAAGAGACGGUGAAUGCUAAACGAGAGCUUCUGGAAAGAUUCUGUUCAAUUAUAAAGACAUGGUCCAAAUUCGAAUACAUGAAUCAAUAAAAAUGCAACACAUACAUCAAGGAAUAGUUUGAAAUUUCAAAAAGUGAAUAAAAGAGAACUUGUACAAUACAUCAAAUACUAAAGAAUCAUAAUACUGGUAAUGGCAUGUAUUUUGUAUUGUUGAAAGUAAAAGAUUUGCAUUUAUUCACAGUUCAACAGUGCGUGAAUUCAAAUUUAAAAAAAUCAGCGCCAUAUACUAAAUGCGAAUAGAGUUCAAUUCUACAAAGAAAUUACACCUGUAGCAAGUCUAAAAAUGAAAAUAUUUGUGUUCUUUAAGUGAA